UGCCUUCUUCUGCCGGCCAAGUCCAUAAAGGAUAUCACGGCUGGUUGGUUCAGCACCUCAUUCCUCUCAAUAUGUCUCCGGCUUUCGACGGAAUGUGAAAACGGCCCGUUAUAUAGACUUAUUGAUGCUUCUCUUGUCCGCCUGCUGUGGACAUUAUGUGCUUAGUCCCGCUGACCGGGAAAUAUGGCAAUACAACCUUUUGCUAUAAAGUGUCCAUGGUUUCUCGUUGUUCUCCGGCUGACCUCCUUCGUUCCUUCUUACAAGCCGAUUUAUUGUCAAGUGCCGGUUACUUGACGUCAAUUCUUUCAUUCACACCUUCGCUUAUGAACAUCUUCCCGAACUCCAUCGAAUCUGUAAUCACCACAUACACAUACACAUCCAUCAACCCGAAGAUGCGUUCUACCAUCGUUGUCGCUCUUGCCUUCCUCUUUCUUUCUGCACCCGCAUUCUCUGCUCCUCUCACAUCUGCCUCCGCUCCUUCCGAAGAUGAGAGCAGUGCUCCAGGUACCGAUUUGUCCAAGGGAUUCAUCGAUGUGGGGAACCAUGUUAAAGAUCUCAAUCAAUUUUUCAGCCGUGAAGAACUCGAACUUCUUGCUCGUGCAGAGGAGAGCAGCGCGAUCCAAAUAAACGACUUUGCGGCUCGUGGCUUCAUAGACAUGGGACAAUUGAGGCCAUUGUUAGGAUCGAAAGGUAUCUUCAAGCGUGACGGAAUCUUGAUCCACGGUCCUAUUCCUAUCCGUGCUCCAAAAAUCAGUCGGCCAUGGAAACUCCUCAUCCGCAAGCCACCCCUCGUUCUAGCCGACGACUUUGAGCCUUCCAGUUCCGUCGACGAAAGUGGUGCACUUGACAUAGGAAAGAUCGCAUCAACCAUCGCUAGUUUCUUUUCCAAGCGUGAUCGUCUCACAUUGGGAAAUCCUAUCAUCGUUCCGACCGCCAAUCGCCCACUUCCUCAUAUUGCGCAGCUCUUCGACGCUCGUGAUAAUGCUGGCCGCCAUCCUGUCUUAGGUGGACCUGGCCUCCACUUGUCUGUACGUCCACAGCCCCACGCGGCCAGGGACCUAGCGACUAGAACCUUGGGCGAACUCGAUUAGAUGGGGAUAUGGUGACCUGACAAGGACGCUCGUUCAGAUGUUUGAUCACGUAUAUACCGGUGAAUUGUGUAUCGUUCAGAACGGGAUGAAUGUGAAUGCAUAUCGAUUAUUCUGCCCUUUUUUUGCGUUCCAAAGGUGCAUGCGCAUGACUGACCUACCGUUCAAAUGCCAACUUGGCCAGUCAACGUUACGCAUAGGUUCUUCAACCUGCUUAGGCCUCCUCAAGUUGAACGCUUCCUCCUUUUCUUCCCAUCCUGCAAGUAGUAGUACUCGCUCGGCGCCCAAUGUUCAUUUAAUGAGCUCUCUCAGGACCUUGCGAGCAAGGUUUUUCCACCAUGACUUGCAGAAGUUGGCAGCGUUCGCUUUCAUGCUUCAAG